AAAAGAUUGGUCGGGGCAUGCCUUUGCAGUCAUUCAGUACACAAACGAUUGCACAAGGUUGUGUCAUUCCGCUGCUUGCACACUGCGCUCCGACAAGCGAGACGUUCCAGGUUUAAGCUGGGAUGCAAACCCUUACGUUGCAAACCCUUGCGCUGUUCUCAUUGUGGGUGCUGGGAACAUCGGCGGUGUUGCCCGAACCCAGCCCGACGACGGAAGAACCGAUUCCGUGUUCCAAGGGAUGCUCUUGUCUGCACGAUGACUAUAGCCUGGAACUCAACAUGUACUGCAGCGUCCGCAACUUUACCCAAGUCCCGACGGACAUUCCGAGAGCGACUCACUCUCUCUGGCUGGACGGCAACCUUUUCACCGCGUUGCCGGCGGCCUCUUUCAAUGAUCUCAGCAAUCUGCACUUCUUGAAUUUGCAGAGCGGCCAGCUAGAAACCGUGGACGCUCAGGCUUUCCGAGGACUUCGGUCGUUGGCUCACAUUCACCUUGAGCGUAAUCGCUUGCGCACGUUACCAGGUAUCGUCUUCCAGAACACGCCGAACCUCGCUUCCAUCAGUCUGCACAACAACCAGCUCACUCGUAUUGAGGAGAGGCUCUUUUCCGGACUCUCGCACAUGUGGCUUCUAAACAUGGGCUGGAACUCGAUAGCCGUCUUGCCCGAGAACAUUUUCCAAGACCUGCAAGGUCUCAGAGAACUGGUCCUGGCGGGAAACCGACUCGCCUACCUGCAGCCGCAGCUUUUCCAAAAUCUCGGCGAGCUUAAAGAAUUGGAUCUAACGGGAAAUUUCCUCAAAGUCAUCAAGGCAAAUGUGUUUGUCAAGCUUGUGAAACUGCAGAAGCUUUAUCUGGCACGGAAUCAAAUUGUCACAGUGGCGCCGAGGGCCUUUGUAGGCAUGAGAGCUCUCAGAUGGUUGGACCUCACCAACAACAAACUGACCACCCUCCAUGAUGACACCUUCUUGGGCUUGCACAAUCUUCUUGUGCUACGUCUUUCCAACAACUCAAUCCCCGCAAUUAGGCCCAGGACGUUCCGUGAUCUGCAGUUCUUAGAGGAACUGCGUCUGAGCCACAACAAAAUCCGUGCCCUCGGCGAAAGGAUUUUUGAAGGCCUUGGACAUCUGGAGGUUCUCGAACUCGAGCACAACCAAGUUCAGGAGGCACAAGCGGGUAGCUUCGCGGGACUCUCGCAUGUGGCCGUCAUAAAUCUGUCGGGAAGCUGCUUCCAGAGUCUACCCAAUCAGAUUUUCAAAGGUCUGUCAAAGCUGCACAGCCUUCAUCUGGACAAAGGCUGUCUGACAAAAGUGACGAGUCAAGCAUUCACAGGGCUGUCAAGUCUACGCAGACUUUUCCUGCAGCACAACAACAUUUCCACUGUGGAACGACAUAGCUUUGCAGACCUGGCGGGUUUGCUGGGAUUGGACUUGAGUUUCAACAAAUUAGACGUUCUCACCAGCCACACAUUUUCCGGUCUUCAGAAUCUGGAGUACUUGCUGCUGUCCAACAACGAAUGCCGCCAAUUUCCGCACAACGGCACCAAGCUUCUCCUUCCGAGGCUGCGCUACCUCGACCUGAGAGCAAACGCCUUGACGAGCCUCGUCCCGGAUUUCUCCGAAAACAUGGAGAAGCUUCUGCUGUCGGGAAACCGCUGGAAAUGCGACUGCGGCGCCACUUCGCUGAGGACCUACAUCUUGAGGAAUCCGAAUGUGGUGCCUCGACGAGUAGAGACCCACGCCGAGGGUGAAGAGCCUGACACCACCAUCACCAUACACAACAACAUAACGUGCGCUAGCCCCACACGUCUCGCAGGUCAGGACCUGCGAGAUAUUGACGCCGAACUCUUCCAAACGUGCAGAGCAGCCAUACAUUGAUGCAAGUAGCAAUGGUGGUUCCAAACAGUGAGCCAAAUCACUUUGAAAAACAAACAAACAAAAAAAACAAAUCACAAGAAAGUCGACCAACAAGAGAGUUACAAGGAGGGUCUUUGGUUUUAAGUCCCAAGCAGUGGUGAUAAGUAUUAAGGUAUAAACACAUUUGACUUUUGUACUGAAGGUCAUUUGAAGUCUACACUUUUGUACCUUUACCUGAUUAAAAGGAGUUAAAUCGGUACAUUUACCAGUUGUUUUUGUUUGUUUGUUUGCCACCUUUAUUGCAGGAUGCAGCGUCCCGAUUUACGUACAAAUCCCAUCGACCCGCUUAUCAAAUACUGUACACUAAUUCGCAAUCUGGACCAACACGGUCAUAAAGAUGUGACGUUAAAAGU